CGAAUGCGCAUCUUGAUUAGAGUAAAAAGUACUAAAAGUAGUCAAUUUGCGCAUCUUUGGUGACCUGUCAGAUUCAAAAGAGACUUUUUUUCUCAGGAAAAAUUUUGAAUGAUCUAAUAUGAUUUUGUCAAAAUUAUCUAGUUAAUGGUCUAGCAGUAUAUUACGAAUUGUUUGAAGUUAGAUUUCAAUGUACAUCAAGGUCAAAUACCUAGUUAUAGCUAAUUAUCCAAAAAAUCGAGUCAUUCUCGUGAAUCCUCUUGAGCGGCUUGAGGUGAUCUGCAUUCUGCAGAGCAAUUUAAGUAUGACUACUUCCUGGACAUGGAACCAAUUCUCUGAGAGUAAACUGUUGAGUGUGGAGAAAACAAUUCUAUCAGUUUUGAAAUCAAAAUACAUAACUCGUUUUGUUAAUAUAAAAUGGGAAACUGGUACCAAUGAGAGAAUAUGGACUAUUUCGUUGAAUACAGAAUCAAAAAAUACCCCACUAGUGCUCCUUCAUGGCUUUGCUGCAGGAAUUGGAUUUUGGGUUCGAAAUUUGGAUCCGUUAUCGAAAGAUAGACCAGUGUAUGCUAUAGAUCUCCUUGGAUUUGGCCGAUCUUCUAGACCUGAGUUCAGUAUGGAUAGUCUGGAAGCUGAACGUCAAAUGGUUGAUUCAAUAGAAGCUUGGCGUAGACAAAUGGAAUUGGAACAAUUUAUCCUUUUAGGACAUAGUAUGGGUGGUUUUUUAGCUACAUCAUAUGCUAUCUCAUAUCCUGAAAGAGUUAAACAUUUAAUACUAGCUGAUCCAUGGGGAUUUCAGGAUAAAUCUCAAGCAUCUCCAAAAAAUCCAAAACUGUUGUUCAAAAUUCUAGGAAUUGUUUUGUAUCCAUUCACGAAUUUAAAUCCUCUAGCCUCUGUAAGAGCGUUGGGACCCUUUGGGCCAUGGGUGAUUCAAAGAAUGAGAGGUGAUAUAAUAGACAAGUUUGAUGAUAUUUUCGAAGAUAAAACUAUAAUCCCCAACUAUAUAUAUCAUUGCAAUGCUCAAAACCCAACGGGUGAGGCAGCAUUUCAUCGUAUGAUACAUGGAUUUGGUUGGGCUCGUAAUCCUAUGAUUCAUAGAAUACCAAACCUGAAAAAAGAAAUUCCUAUCACAUAUAUGAAUGGAUCUGACUCGUGGAUGGAUCAGGACGGAACAAUGGCUCCAAGAAUAAGAGAAAUGAGAUCAGACUGUUUUGUAGACAUUAAAAUUAUAGAAAAUGCCGGCCAUCAUAUAUAUGCAGAUCAAGCUGAUCAGUUUAAUGAUAUAAUAAUAAAAGCCUGUAAAAUUGCGGAUGAUGAAGAUGAUAAAGUCCCAAUACUUACUCUAAAAAAUGGUCAUUACAAAUUGAAGGAAAAUGAAGAAGAUGAUAGUAUUGAUUACUCAGAUGACAACAAUUCUGAAUUCGAAACAAAUUUAAGUUGAUUAUAAAAUAAGAUCAAUGAAAUUCAAUACAGAAGUAAUUAUUCAAUGUGAUAUUUUCAAUAAAUAAAGUGUUUUUAAUUAUUGUUACAGUAAAUUUA